UCAUGGCCGCUUCCUGCAGUCCUGUGUCCAGUGUGGAUCUACCUGGACGUCCUGUUGUCCACUGCGUCCAUCAUGCACCUGUGUGCGAUUUCUCUGGAUCGAUACGUCGCCAUCCGUAACCCGUUCCACCACAGCCGCUCGCGGUCCCGCGCCCGCGCCAAGAUCACCGCCGUCUGGACCAUCUCUGCAGGAAUCUCAAUGCCCAUCCCGGUUCUGGGUCUUCGUGAUCAGACUAAAGUCUUUAAAGAUGGCAGCUGCUUUUUGACGGAUAACUCCUUCGUGCUGAUUGGCUCGUUUGUGGCCUUCUUCGUGCCGCUGACCAUCAUGGUGGUGACCUACUUCCUGACCAUCAGCGCCCUCCAGAGUGAAGCUACUCUCUGUCUGGAGCAGUUGGUUCCCCGGCCGCGGUGGAGCACCGGUUUGACCCUCAGUUUUCUGCCGGGUCCGGCGUUCUCGCCCUCGGAGAAGAAUCUGUUCCUGCGUCGUUCUCUCAGCCGAGACGCCGGGGUCUCGUCCUCGCCAUUCGGACGCCGCACUGCACAGUCGCUCGGUAACGAACGCAAGGCCUCUAAGGUCCUGGGCGUGGUUUUCUUCCUCUUCGUGGUCAUGUGGUGCCCGUUUUUCGUCACAAACGUUCUGGCGGUGGUCUGUCAGCCGGCCACCUGCCACGACGACAUCAUGGGUGGGUUGCUGAACGUCUUCGUGUGGGUGGGCUACCUGUCGUCGGCCGUGAACCCGCUGGUCUACACGCUCUUCAACAAGACCUUCCGCUCUGCCUUCGCCAGGUACGUGAGAUGUCAGUAUCACGAGGAGAAGAAACCGCUGCAGCUCAUUCUCGUAAACACUAUCCCACCGCUAGCCUACCAGUCCACACACCUACCGCUCGCCGGAGGUCUGAGAAACGGGAGCUUCUCUUCACCUCUUCCGAGAUCAUCGUCUCUAAACGUGAAAAAGGUUUUUGAGAUGUUCCUCAAUAAAGUUUUCAAAGAGUGA